CCUCCUCAAAGUUUGUCGCUUUCUUCUGCGGAGAUCAAAUUCCAAAGGGCGAAACAUGGUGUUCUACUUCAAAGCCCGAUCGGACGUCGGCGAUUUCACCAUUUUCAUGGGCCUCGACAAGUUCGAGAACGAGGAGCUCAUCAAAUAUGGCUUCCCCGAAGACAUUUGGUUCCACGUGGAUAAAAUGUCAUCUGCCCAUGUUUAUGUUAGACUGCACAAAGGACAGACCAUUGACGAUAUAAGCGAAGGCUUACUGGAGGAUUGUGCUCAACUUGUCAAAGCAAAUUCCAUCCAAGGCAAUAAGGUGAACAAUGUUGAUGUUGUUUACACUCCCUGGUCCAAUUUGAAGAAAACUGCCUCCAUGGAUGUUGGUCAAGUUGGUUUCUACAAUUCAAAGAUGGUUCGAACAGUGAGAGUGGAGAAGCGGAUCAAUGAGGUAGUUAAUAGAUUGAACAGGACAAAAGUGGAAAGAAAGCCUGAUUUGAAAGCUGAGCGAGAAGCAGUUAAUGCAGCAGAAAGAGCUGAGAGAAAGCAGUUCCUGAGGAACAAGGUAAGUUCCGCCUCCUGUCUUGGUCAAUAUGAGGCUCUUAGUGUGUCACAUUAUCUGAGUGGAUUCUUCAUCUCAAAACGACGAGAGGAGAUGGAAAGGCUUGAGAAGGAGAGACAGUUGGAACUAAGGAGCUACAAAGGUUUGAUGAAUUCUGAAAAUAUGACAUCUAACAAACAAAUUGCAUCAACAAACAAGUCAUUGCAGGAACUGGAAGAGGACUUCAUGUAAGGAUAUCGUUGUCUUUGGGUUAGGCGAGAUGGCUGCUGUGUGCUGCUGCCCAUGAAGAAUCGAGUUUAUCAUUCAGUUUGUGAGUUAGUCUUAAAAGUUACUUCCACUCAUGAAAUAUAAUGUCCUAAACCUUUUAUUUUGUUGAUGUCGAUUAGAAAAAGAGAAAAAGCAAAAAACGGAGGGAGAAAACAAAACGGGUUUAUGGGUGAGGGCUGGUUCGGGGAGUAUCUCUUUCUUGUCACUGCAUGUUAUAUGCGUAACAUAAUGGCGAUACACAAAAAUUAAACUUCAUUCAAGAUGAUGAAUGAUUUACUUGCAAAUGGAUUUACAUCAUUUUAAAA